AUGCCCAUGCCUGGAAAAGACACGACUACCGAGGCCAAGGAGGGCGUCCUCACCUACAUGCGCGCAUGGGGCGAGUCCUCGGUCCCACCAACCGCCCUCGCAACUCUUAUCACAGCCCAACACUUCCGCCCCUUCCAGAAGCUACCAAUGCUCUUCGUCCCCGUCCUUCUCUUCUCUUCAUACCUAAACUUGAACGGCUUCCCUGUCGACUCGGCUGGUGUCACCUCAGCGUGGAGUGCUGCAUACCUGGUCGUCGCAAGGAGGAGAAAGCAAGCCUUCAGCAGCAAGUUCGGUGCUAGAGGUGCCAUCAGAGGUCUCACAUUGGGUUUGUGCGCUGCAAACAUUGCAAGCGGUGGUCUUGCAUACGUCUUUGGCAAGAGAGAGCAGGAGGAAUGA